AACGUAUUACUGAGUUAUCUGUGAAGACGGACAAUAUUUGCCAGGAAUAAUAGUUAUUAUUCUUCUCACGUAAGCCCUGGUUGCUGGGAAGCACGUCAGCUGAUUGUUGCCCCAGAUCGGAAAUUCGGUCAAGCUCUGUACCAGUGUGCGGAGUACAGGCGCUGUGAGGAGUUACAUAAGACCGGCUGCGACGUUUUCUGAAACAAAGGUUGACGUCACAGUGCAAUCCGGUGUAGCGCGGGUUUACUAGUCUUGUCUGAUCGAACCGACAACAGACCUCCUCGUUCGCAUUCGUCGUGUUUUGGACUAAACCACAGUCUCAAGGAUGGAAGAGAGAGAAGUGAAUUACACCUUCACCCUUAUCUUCAGUAUAACAAUUGCCGUGUUUGGCAACUCGUUCCUGUAUGGAUAUCAGAUAGGCGUUGUCAACACGCCGUCCCACAUAAUUCAAGAUUUUUACAAUGCCACCUAUUACGAGAGAAGGGGAGGUAACUGGAGCAACGUUCAAGCAUAUGCUUCGUAUCGAGACAGCCUCAACAAGUCAAUAACUGACACUGUCAAUGCAUCAACAACUCCAGGGCCAGCUGAAAAAACGCCAGCUGAUUUCGGGGUAGACGAGUCUCUCCUGCUUGAGAAAUGGGAGCUUGAACUCCUUUGGUCUUCGACUGUCGCUGCCUUUGUUUUGUUUGGAAUGGUUGGUGCAUUCCUGGCACUUAAAGUUGCUGACACCGUUGGAAGAAAGCGUGGCAUGGUCGUCAUCACCUUCAUCAUGUUCAUUGCUGCAAUUCUCGGUGGAAUAACAGUCAUCGCCAAGUCUCCUGAGUGUCUCAUUUUGUCUCGAGUCUUGGUUGGCUUGCAUUCUGGGUUAAAUAUAACCUUGGCGCCUCUGUAUCUCACAGAAAUAGCGCCGAAGAAAAUCCGUGGCGCUGUUGGCACUUGUCAUCAGCUGGCCAUCACGGUGGGAAUUCUGUUCUCUCAAAUCCUGGGAAUGGCAGAACUCCUAGGAACCGCUGACUUGUGGCCGCUGUUGUUUGCCUUCAAUGUCAUCCCCUCCCUCGUCUGUGUGGUGGUAUUGCCCUUCUGCCCGGAGAGUCCAAGAUGGCUGCUCAUCUCCAAAAACAUGGAAGAGGAAACCAAAUUGGCCAUGCAGAAGCUGCGAGGCUAUGAUAAUGUAGAAGAUGAGAUCGAUGAGAUGAGGAUGGAAGCGAAAAAGUCUGGGAAUGCUAAGAACUUCACCCUGAAGGAACUCCUGACCACCCACGACCUCAGGAUGCCAACACUGAUAGCCUGUGUAGGACAAGUCAGCCAGCAGUGGUCAGGCAUCAAUGCUGUGAUGUCUUACUCCGCCUUCAUUUUUGCCCAAGCAAAUGUCUCGGCAACAAAUAUCCCCUACGUCAUUGUCGGCACUGGAUUCGUCAACGUUGUUGCAACCAUCAUCGCCGUUCCUUUGAUGGAGAAGUUAGGACGUCGUCCGUUGCUGCUGUGGCCAAUGUGUGUCAUGGCUGGGUCCUUUGUGCUCAUGACCGUCUUCCUGCAGCUGCAGUUCGAUCCUUCACUUAAGGACAGCCAUGCAACGUUCGCUAUGAUCUGCAUUGUUCUCAUGCAUCUGUACAUCGUGGGAUUCGCCCUUGGUCUUGGCCCCAUCCCAUUCACCAUUGUUGCUGAGAUCUUCAGACAGGAAUCUCGUGACGCCGCCAUGAGUCUCUCCGUUGCCUGCAACUGGAUCUGCAACUUCAUCCUCAUGUGGACAUUUCCGUUCCUCAGGGAUGGACUUGAGGCCUACACCUACCUGCUGUUUGUUGUCAUUCUGGUUGCUGCCAUUAUCUUCAUCUUCUUCUUUGUCCCGGAGACGAAGAACAAGACUUUUGAUGAAAUUGCUAGCUCCAUCGCCCUAGGGAGAGCUCAGGGAAAGAGUCGUGGGUUCAAAGUCAAUGAAGAUGAAAGCCUAAUGGGAACGGGGACCACCAAAGUUUGAGAACAGCAGAGUAUAGAUCAUUGGAAUAUAUAUAGUAUACUUAGUAUAUCAAACUGUAGGGAGAUGAAGAGAACAGCAAGUGUGAUUUGGGGAGGGUAAAGGAACAGCUUAAGUUAUGCUGUGAAGAUUGCUGUUUCGUACAAUGUGAGAAUAUUGCUGGAGAUAUUUCGUGGGUACAGACUUGUUAAUUUGGUACAUAUGAAUAAGGUAUGUAUAUUUAUUUGUUGACAUUUGUUUGACUGGAAGUAUAUUUGAAAUACUAUAUUUUCAAAGGGGAGCAUUUUGACAGUAAUCAAACUGGUUUGUUUGUGUGUUCUGGUAGUUGACCCAGUUGAGAAAGUUUGUUUGUAAAUACGCACCAUAUUGUCAUGUGAAGUUCACAAGUUUAGAUCAUGUCAUGUCACGUCAUGCACCAAAACCAUCAGGCACAUCAAAGUGGUUAUUUAUAGUGGCAAAUGGCAACCAAAUGCAUACAAUACUCACUGAACUGAGUGUUUAGAGUUUACUUGCGUUUAUAGUCAUGUACAUACAUGGCCAAAUUGCAUUUACAAAUAGCAUAUAAGAAUCUUUGAUAGUGCGGGCAUUUACUUUCUUCAACGACUUCCAUCUAGCUGUUGGCUGCCUAUUUAUUAUGAUUACAUUAUUCACCCCUCGUCAUGCAUUAUUUGUCAUAACAACACAGGGUAUUUGUGGAUGUGGUAUCCCGCUAUUAGACUGAGUGCACACACUAGUCCAGAUUUAACACAUAAGUACUUACUUGGCACUGGUAGGACAAUUUGUUGAGUUGGUUCAGGUGAUGUGAGACAGAGGUACAGAUAAGCUGCGUAAAUUAUGCAAAUAUUUAUGUGAAAACUCAAUUCAUAUUAAGUCUAUUGCGUACAAGUACGCUUCAAUUUUUGUAAAUACUCAAUAAAUGUGAUCUUACAUGCGUACACACAUGAAUGACAAAUCUUAGCUUGCGUACCAGUGGUUAGAUAAAAUAACUCCGGUAUACUGAGAAGUUCUAUUUCAGGAAAUGAACUUGACAACUUUCAGUUUCUCCUAAUACAGAUAUAACUAUAACUAUAACGGACUGAUCCAAUAACUUGGCUAGGAUUUGUAGUCGAUUCUGCUGCUGACUGAACUAAGACAGAAGGCAAACCAGAAGAGUCCAUUCUUACUGCCAUCCAGGAUAGCAGGAAGUUAACCAGGAAAGUCCAUUCUUGCUGCCAUCCUGGACAGCAG